UCCAAAGCUGUUGGAAGCUGACUCUAUGCCAUUAGAACCAAUCCCAAGAGAUAAGGAAACUUCACAAGACAGAACACAUAGAGAUGAGCCGUUGCUGCUCUCUUGGGCUCUGUGCCCCUAAUCCUUUGUACUCUCUAUCUUCCAGGCCUCGCACUCGCAGCGUCAGAGCUCCUCUCUGUAUUACAUCUCACACCAAACCCAACUCUAACACCGACUCUCUUCCUCAUUAUGUUGCCAAGAUGAAAGCAAAGGCCGAUGACUUCUUUGGAGCAAAGAAGACAAUCUUUGCAACUCAACUCGGUGCAGUUCUUACCACGAUUGAUCAUCCGGCCUUGGCAAUAACAGGAGUCAACCACGAGCAGGAACUAAGCAGCGUUGUGCUCGAUAUCGGGAUCAUAUCGGUCUGGUACUUCCUCGUAAUGCCUCCAAUCAUCAUGAACUGGCUGAGAGUAAGAUGGUACAGAAGGAAGUUCUUUGAGAUGUAUUUACAGUUCAUGUUCGUCUUCAUGUUCUUUCCUGGGCUACUGUUAUGGGCACCAUUUCUCAACUUCAGAAAGUUCCCAAGAGAUCCAUCUAUGAAGUAUCCUUGGGACAAACCAAAAGACCCUUCCACUAUCAAGAACAGUUACCUCAAGUACCCAUUUGCACAGCCAGAAGACUACGACUAUUAAGAUUCUUGCAGUUGUGACUAUAUAUCCUCAUUAGUCACAUGAACACCAUUAAGUCUCUAAUCAGAGUUAACCUCUGCUUAUCAUCCUCAGGUUGUUGUUUUGUUUCUCUCGUUUCUUAAUUCUUCAAAGCUGUAAUGAUUGGGUUAUACUAUUGGUGCAGCUCCAAUGAGUCCACCAGGCUCUUCAGCUCGGAUGUCGCCUCAGGGUUGGAAGAUAGAACAGCUGCGGCAGCUGCUAAAACCACAACAGUAAUGGCUGUUCGUUUGAGGCAGCCACUUCCACGGGAGAGUCUCCCUGAUAUCACUUUGCAGGACUUGUCAGCUUCUUUGUAUAGAGAACCAUUGCCUUUUCCUUCAGUGAUUGCUUCCUCGUUCUAAAAACAUCAAAGGGUGACAUUAGCUAGAGGCAUUAUUACCUUAAGCCUGAAGCUCUUCAUGAAGCCAAUAUUAACAUCCCUAAGUAAUGAACACCAUGAAGUCGUAUCUUUACGAGUAUUCUUUAGUGCAAGACAUUACCCACAACACUUAUAAUUAGUAGGAGUACACACAACUAAUAAUAAUUGUUUCGCUUUC